ACAGAUUUUAAAUAUUUUGUUUUGGUCGGCACAUUCUAUUCUCCAUUGUGUGAAAAACGUGUCUGGAGCUGUUUUGUUUUUAUUUAAUUCUGCCAAAAUCAAAAAUGCCUUCUAAGGUGAAGCCUCGACUGUCCCGUGGCGUUCUGGACAUGAAGUUCAUGCAACGCACCAAAGUAAAAGUGGCCAAAGAAGACGAUGACGAGCAAAGUCGUGCACUGUACUCCAAUGAGAUUAAUGAUAAGAUGCUCAACUCCAAUUCAAAUUUCAUAAUUGAGACCAGUUAUGCCAUAUGCGAAGAACUCAUCGACGGACGUCUUAGUUUUCGUGGAAUGAACCCCGAACUGGAACGUAUUAUGGAGCAAGAGAAAGCGGAAAAGGAGAGCACACUUAAGCCAGAACAGCCUAAAGAUGUAUCUGAUCAGGACAUGGCCAAAACAUACUAUGCCAACAAGGCUCCUAGUGCCAGCAGGACAAUGCAGAAAAAGUUUAAUUCAAAAAACGACAAUAAGCGAAGACACCAGCAACAGCACCAACAGCAGAGGAAACCUCAGUUUAAAAAGCCCCGACAAGAGGAUGACAAUGACGAUUAAGAAAAUUAGUUCAUUUCUACAAGAAAAUAGUUAUUUAGUAUACAUUUAAUAAAACAAGCUCUUUAAAAUUA